AGAGACGUGUCAGAGGAUGAGUGCAAAGUCCAUCAACAUAGGGCUUGUGGGAGCUCCCUUCUCAAAGGGCCAGCCGCGAGGAGGGGUGGAAGAAGGCCCUACUGUACUGAGAAAGGCUGGUCUAGUAGAGAAACUUAAAGAUCAAGGAUGUGAUGUGAAAGAUUAUGGCGACCUGCACUUUCCUGUUGUCCCUAAUGACACCCCCUUUCAAAUCGUGAAGAAUCCCAGGUCGGUGGGCAAAGCUAAUGAGCAGCUGGCUGCCAUGGUGGCAGAUGUGAAGACAAGCGGGAGAACCAGCGUGGUGCUCGGCGGGGAUCACAGUUUAGCAAUUGGCAGCAUCUCUGGACACGCCAGAGUCCACCCUGAUCUCUGUGUCAUCUGGGUGGAUGCUCACACCGAUAUCAACACUCCAGAGACAACCACCAGUGGGAACUUGCAUGGACAACCUGUAUCUUUUCUCCUGAAGGAACUAAAGGGAAUGAUCCCUGAUGUACCUGGAUUCUCUUGGGUGACCCCAUGCAUAUCUGCUAAAGACAUAGUAUACAUUGGCUUGAGAGAUGUGGACCCUGGUGAACACUACAUUUUGAAAAAAUUUGGCAUUAAGUACUUUUCAAUGAGUGAAGUGGAUAAAAUGGGAAUUGGCAAGGUGAUGGAAGAAACAUUCAGCUAUUUACUAGGAAGAAAGAAGAGGCCAAUCCAUCUGAGUUUUGAUGUUGAUGGAAUGGAUCCGUCCGUCACACCAGCUACUGGCACACCAGUCCAGGGAGGUCUGUCUUACAGAGAAGGUCUCUACAUUACAGAGGAGAUUUACAAAACAGGCCUGCUCUCAGGGUUAGACAUAAUGGAAGUGAAUCCGUCUCUGGGGAAGACGCCUGAAGAAGUGACUCGGACAGUGAACGCAGCAAUAGGAGUAACUCAGGCUUGUUUUGGAGUUGCUCGAGAAGGUAAUCACACUGAAGCCCAAUACCCUAUCAGAGCACCUAAGUAA